UUGCAUGAGGAGAGUGGCUGGUGUUAAGGGUGGCUGCUGCUGUGUCUGGCCCGACAGUACCAGCAGUGGCUGUUAUUCAGUAUGAUUACACGUGACAUCUCUUUUCUUGUAAAUCAGCUGUGCAAAAUCCAGCUACACAAACAGAAGCAAACAGAGGAAUUUCAAGGGACAGACCAGGUUAACACUGGGGGAUAUGCCUUGAGUUUGAGAGAAUUUGAGAGAAAUCAGAUUCUGCAUUUGAUGGAUUUUAGGUCUUCCAUGUAGAUUUUUGCUUUACUUGUUUUUGUGGGGAGGAUAUUGUAUUGCCAAAGUGAGUGAUGAAGGAGUAGUAGCAUACAGUUGUUAAUCAAGGCUUGGGGCUUUUGCAGAGUGAAAGAAUCCAUGUUAUAACAGUGCCAUGCAGCCUGGUAAAGAUUAUUUGUGCCUCCUGGGUAGCAUGGCUAAGAAAAUUUGAUUUCAUUCAUUAAAGUGAGACUGAAUACCACUACGUUAUGAGGAAGAAAGAUUAUGUACAACACACUCCCUGGCACAUGUUGGCAAUGUGGUUGGGCACUUGAAUACAGGUGCACUACUCGUGCAGAGCCUGCACAAAGCCAGGCAGAAAAUUAACUAGCAAAAUUAAUUUAUUUGUAUAUUAGUAUUGAUACUGGUGGGGACUUAUCAGAAAAUUGAUUGUUAGGAGCAUGUGGAGCUUUUUUAUUAACAUUCUUUUUUCUAAUGUAAAAUAUACACUAAAAUAAAAAUAUGAAAACCUAGUUCAUCUUAGUAGGGGUUAACAUGAAAAAGAUUGCUUAAAUGCUGAUCCUUGCCUGUCUGCUGCAGGAAGCAGGCCACAUGUUAGGAUUUCACAGGCAUGUGUGUCACCUGCACCAGGAGCUUGUUGUUUGCAGCCAAAAAGGUGCAGCCGGAGUCUGAUCUGAGGAAAUCUUCUUCACCUCUGUGGGGAACUCACAGGAUUCUCUUCCAUACUCUAUGUGGAAGUGUUGCCUUUGAUCUAUCCCUGUAUUGUUCUUAUGCAAUGUCACUUGAUAAAGAUUAAACUGGAGGGGGGAAAAGUGCUAAAUUCCUGCGUGUCAGAAUAAGCUCACUCCACUGUUGGAGCCUCUUUCAUGUACCUGAGACACAUAAUCCAGGUAUUUGCAGCAGGUAUAAUUGGGCUGAUGGAUUUUAUCAAGAGCCAUGCAUCAGUUUAAGAAAGGAGUAGCUGCCAUAGGAACUAAUCCUGUGGCCGUGCUUGUUGUACACAGCAGAAAAUUUCAAACUGAGAGGCCUUUUCCUUCCUCCCUCCCUCCCUUCUCUGCUGUGGGAUGUACCCUAAGGGAGCAGGGGAACAUGCUGCGAGGAGCGGGGUUACAGCGGAAGAGGCAGAGGGUAGGGAAGGGUUUUGGAGAGAUGGCUGGAGCCAGGGAGUGGGGUAGGGAGGGAGUCUCAUUUCUGAGAGCAGCACUGCUUGCUAUGCAAGAGAUCUCCAUAGCCAUGGCUCCGUGUGUUCCAACUGUCCUGUUCUAGCUCCUCUCAAGGCUGGAGCCAUAGAGGUAGAUAUGUCCUUGCUCCAGCCACUGUCUCCUGACUUUAUUCCCUCUGCACCCAACAGCAGCCUCUUUGUACCCUCCUCUAUAUUCUAGAAGUCAGUCUCUUCCUUCCUCUCCCAAAUGAUUGUCAGUCAGGGCAGACUGCACCCCCAGGAAAGGUUUGCUGAGACCCCAGCAGUUUGCAGUGCAUAGAACCAAUAAUCCCAAAGAAUUAUCACUUCUCUUACAUAAUUGUCCAGCUUUGAGCUAGAUGAGAACAGAGUUUUGUCUGUCUCCCUCCCUGCCUCCUUCCCCUCCCUCUUUCUCGCGUGCCCCCACAAAAUGCUUUGCUAUGAAUCCUUGUUUGUAGACAAGCCAAACUAUAGAGCUGUGGCCAGACUUGUUGAACAGGCUGCUGAGAUGCUUGGCUGAGGAACAGUAAUAAGGAUUGCACAGUGCACCCCCUAAUUCUUUCAAAUUUUCUGAAACUAGAACUUUGUCAACAGUUCCAUUUAUUUUUAAACAAAACAAAACAUCCUUUCUGAAGGUGGUGAAAGUCCUGGGUUGCAUGCACAGAUCCUGUUGCUGUACUCUGUGAAAACAACAGGACUUGCUUUUGCAGCCCAGGUAGGGCGACUUCUGUAUUGGUGUCAUACAGAAAGUCAUGGACUCCAGGACAAAACCUGCAGAGCACAGGGGCUGCUGGCUCUGUGUGUAAGGUGGCUGACACAGCUUGAGGGGCAGGUGACAGGAGGGAAAUAGGUUCUCAACACCCAAAGACAAGGCCAGUUUUUUCCCCUCUAAUAGGUACAGGGCCCUCUUUGAGUCAGCAAGGUUACAUGGAUGUAGGUGAAUAGAAAGUGGCUCAGGAGUCAUUAAUCUCGAGGUACAAAUUUCCCUUUGAUGCGUUACUGCUGCAGACAUGGAAUGUUUGCUCUUUUUUUUCUUUUUUGCACUUGUUUCCAGCUCCUACGCCAGCCCAGCACCUCUCCAUCCUUACAUCUGGCACUCUUUUAUUUCGGCUUCGCUUGUGUUGGUGCAUUGGCUGCCUCAUCUCUGAUAGUCCUCAGGCUUCCCAGACUGUAACAAAACGUUUUCUACUGAUACCAUAAACUGCAUGACUGCUGCCCUGGGUGCGGUGAAGGCGCUGUGCCCGCCCGCGGAUUUGGCAGCAGGAGGUUUCUGUACUAUAGUCUUGCACUCUAAAUUUUAGACUUUUUAAGCAGGUGAAGAAAAAAAAAAUAGAACUUUAUUUUUAAAUGAGGCACUUGUUCUGGGAAUUCCUUUCCUGGCCCCGGUCUGGUUGGGGUUGUUGGGCAGUGUGUUCGGGGGGCUCAGCGCUGCUGCCACCCCUCGCUUUUUCUUCCCAGGCACCGGAGAGGGGCAGGGGCGGCGGAAACCGCCCGGGAGACGGUUGCCAGAGGUGUGCCCGUGGUUUAUUUGAAAUAAAUUGUGACUUUCUAACUUCGGCGGUGUCCCGGCUCUCCUUGGCGGCGGGAUGGGCACGGGGUGGAGGGGGGGUGUGGUGCGGGCGCUGUCCCCGCCCCGCGCUGCCGCAGCGCCCGCCGGGCCGUGCCGCGGUGACGCGGGGCCGGGCGGCCGGGGCGAUGGCGGCGGCGGAGGCGCGGGCUGAGGGUCCCCCGCUGCCCGGCCCGCCGGGGGGCCGCCCGCGGCCCGUCUGCUCCCGCCCCUACUUCCUCGUCCUCAUGGUCUUCGCGCACCUCUACGUGCUCAACGUGCUGGGGCUGCUGCUCUUCGUGCACCUCAGCGCCGGCGAGCCCGGCGGGCCGCCCGCCGCCCCCGCGCCGCCGCCGCCGCCGCCCGCCCGCGCCCUGCCGCGCCUCGAGGGCAUCAAGGUGGGCCACACGCAGCGGGUGGAGCUGGUGCCCGGCAGGGCCCACAGCGUGCGCACCCUCAGCCUCAAGCCGCUGCUCUUCGAAAUUCCCGACUUCCUGACAGAGGAGGAGUGCAAGCUCAUCGUCCAUCUUGCAAAGCUGAAAGGGCUGCAGAAGAGCCAGAUCUUACCAACAGAUGACUAUGAGGAAGCCAUGGAAAUGAUUGAAAUCAGCCAGAUGGACAUUUUCAAUCUCCUGGACCAUAAUCAGGAUGGGCAGCUGCAGCUCAAAGAGGUGUUGACCCACACCCGGCUUGGGAACGGCAGGUGGAUGACACCUGAAAACAUCCGUGAGAUGUACACAGCAGUCAAGGCUGAUCCUGAUGGGAAUGGUGUGCUGAGUUUGGAGGAGUUCAAACAGUUGAAUAUCCGUGACUUCCAUAAGUACAUGGGAAGCCAGAAGGUGAAGAUGAGUGACCUGGUGCGCAACAGCCAGCACACCUGGCUGUACCAGGGCGAGGGGGCACACCAGGUCAUGAGAGCCAUACGGCAAAGGGUGAUGCGCCUGACUCGCUUGCCCCCCGAGAUCGUGGAGCACAGCGAGCCCCUGCAGGUUGUGCGGUACGACCAGGGAGGGCACUACCAUGCCCACAUGGACAGUGGUCCCGUGUUCCCCGAGACUGCCUGCAGCCACACGAAGCUCGUCGCCAAUGAGAGCGCUCCUUUUGAGACCUCCUGCCGGUAUGUGACUGUGCUGUUCUACCUGAACAAUGUGACUGGAGGAGGCGAGACAGUCUUUCCUAUUGCUGAUAACAGGACGUACGAAGAGAUGUCUUUGAUCCAGAACGACGUUGACCUGCGAGAUACUCGGAAAAACUGCGACAAGGGCAAUUUACGAGUGAAACCUCAGCAAGGCACUGCUGUCUUCUGGUACAACUACCUGUCCGACGGAGAAGGCUGGGUGGGGGAGCUGGACGACUUCGCCCUGCACGGGGGCUGCCUGGUCACCCAGGGCACCAAGUGGAUCGCCAACAACUGGAUCAAUGUGGACCCCAACCGCCGGCGGCAGCAGCAGUUCCAGCAGGAGAUGGAGCGCUACGCGGGGGCAGGGGCCGAUGCGGGGGCCGGGGCAGGAGCCCCGGGCGAGUGGACAGUGGACAAGGCCUACAGCGGGGUGCACUUGGAGCUGUAGGCGCGGCCGCGCGCACGUGGCCUUUUCCCGCGCUGUGCGGGGGGCGGGGCCGCGGGCCACGUGCGCGGCGGGGCCGCGUCGCGCGCCAAUAAAGCGUGGAGAGACGGAA